AUGAUGAUAGUGUUUGUGUAUGACACACAAUGCUGCGUCACCGAGGAAGAUGACCCAGCCGAGGCUGUACUUUACUUCCAUCCUGGAUGGGUUUCUGACACACAGAGACAUGCUUUAGCUGGACAGGUGGUGGGCGCAGCGCAUUGCGUCAAGAGCCUCUUCUCCCAGCCGGUGGCCAUCACACUGCAAAGCGGAAAGUUCAUUCUCAGGGAAUAUGGCAGAUACGUCCUGGCGAUAGGUAGCGAUCGGAAUAUUCCCGAUUGGGUGCUAAAAAACCGAGCCAGCCUGUUGACGUCCAUGAUCAAGGUUUACCACGGCGAUCUCAACAUGCUCGCUGCGCAGAUGGAGGACCAAAAGAGGUUGGCCGAGAAGCUGUACCAAGUGUUCGAAACAUACCUCCCUGUACUGCAAUACGGUUGUCAUAUCUUCCAACGGGUUCCGAUGCUGAGUCUGCCGAAGAGCGCCACCUCAGUAUACAUGGAGUCAAUGCAAAUCCUGGAGCAUUGCCGGAAAAGCAAGGGCGUACUUGGAGGAGUAAUUCUAUACAACAAUAAGAUUAUCUCCACUCAAUUGCCACCAAGUCUUACCUCUUACCUGACCGUGGUAGAUCCAUAUCGAAUAAAAUCACCAGCAGAGACAUUGCAAACUGAAACACCGUUGCCUCUGGGAGCACAGCUUCUGGUAGUUUAUGUGGGGCGGAGGACUUACGACACUCUGAAGAAGCAAGCAGAUAAGAUGCAGGAGUUCUAUCAAAACGGUGAAGAAAUGAUCGCACGGUUUAAAAAGAUGCAAGAGGCGGAGCGCGAAAAGCAACCACAAACCGGUAUGAAAAGGGACAAAUCAUUACUCUUCACAGCUGUGCCAGAAGAGGACCACACCAUGAUAUCACCGCCAAGCAAAGAACAUCAUACGGAGAAUAGAAAACCGAGCAUGCCGGACGUCGUCCCGUUCACGAACAAACCCCGUCCCAGGCCAAACAAACUCUCACUAAGCAACUUCAAAACGCAAAAAUCAUUAGACGAAGUAGUGACGGAGAACGAAACAAAAUUCACAGGCCAGACUAGUGUUUGUUCAACCCCAAUGGUUGAAUACAAAAGACUCCAUGGCAACAUGCUCUCGAUAUGCCAAAAUCCGGAUAACCAAACACAGGAAAAGUCUCCGGACUUAGAACCGGACGUUCUAAAGAACAUAGAAAACUGUGCCAAAAUGAAGAUAGAAAGUGAGAAGCGAGAUAACAAAAUGGUUUUAGAUAUAAAUUGUAUAGCUGAUCAUUUUAUAAAUAAACCGGAACCAAUACGGAAAUUAGCGAGUGUUAUGGAUAUUCAAGAAACUUUCCGGAAGCUAUCUAACCGAGCAACAUCCAAAUUUAAGUUAAAGCGAUCGCAAAAUGAAGAUGAUUCUCCAUUAGAAGAAACGAGGAGUCCAAGUACACUCACAAUUAACGACCCAUUAUUCCCUGUGUUUAGGAAUGAUGGUGUUGCGAUUUCAGAGUCCCUCUUUAAUCAGUAUCUAGAGCAGUAUUAUUCUAGAAUUAAACAAGAGUCAAAGGAAGAGAACAUGUUCAAUUUCAACUCAAAACUUGGAGAACCUGAGAAGUUUGAAGAUUUCGACUCAGAAAUGACAAAGUCACCUCAAAGAACUCCAAAGAAGAUAGCGAAAGAUUCAACAAAAACACUACCAAGCGAUCAGUCCAGGCGUAAAGCGUUAUCAUUACCUCUGAAAUUGUUGACGGAGAGUUCCGAAGCCCAAAUCGAUGCGGAGGCAGUUAGUUUUAAGAAGAAAUUGUCAGGUGUGCAACUAACACCACUUAUGGAAAAGUUGAGUCAUUUAGCAUUCACAUCAGAUAAGUCCAGUGGAUACAGUAGUAGGGUGAUGACUCCAUUAGAGAUUAGAGAGUUUCUGACACCAGCUGCCGAACGUCAAGUCACCUUCUCUGACAGGAACAAGACCCACCGAGAAGACUGUGAAAGUGAUUCAGAAUCCGAAAGUAACUUGGACCUUCUGCCCGAGUACAGUCAGCAUGCAGUAAAAUGCGCACUCUUCGUUAGCGGAUUGCACAAUAUGGCGCUGCUAGCGCUACUCGAAGUAGACGCAGCUGACAAUGUCGACACCAUUAAUAACCUGUGGGAAACGUCUCUCAACGCUCUGGGUCCUAUCGAGCAAAAGUGUAUGGAGCCACUUCCAGCUGAAGCCGAAACUACUGACUACAGUUAUUUGAUGCUUGACCCUGACUGGGGCUCAGUGCGCAAAGGAGGUCCAUGGGCCGCUAUGGAUAUUGCAACAAUGGGUCUUAUUCACAAUGAGUUUGCGGAAGAUCCAGAAUUAUCCGAAUUCAUAUUAAGGAGCGAGGAGAGCGUGGUGGUGGGGUGGUCGUGCGGCGGCGCGCAGCUGUUCUACCAGGAGGCGGGCGCGCGCGGCGCCGGCCCGCCGCCGCCCUCCGACGCGCUCGCCGCCGCGCCCGCGCGCGCCGCCCGCCGCCUGCGCGCGCACCGCGCCGCCGCGCUGCUCUAG